AUGUCGAUCACCUCCCCUUCUGCGUCUGGAAACUCUGUGAAAGGCUCUGGACCCUUCUUCCGCUCAGUACCUUUCCAGAUCCUGGUAGCAUGUGGAGUUUCAUUCACAGCGCCCGGUAUGUGGGACGCUCUUGGUGGACUGGGAGCAGGAGGAGCAGCUGAACCUUACGCUGUGUCUGCCGCCAACGCCUUGGUAUACGGUCUCUUCGCCAUUGUCUGUGUAGCAGCCGGUGCUAUCAACAAUCGUAUUGGUCUCAGAUAUGGACUUGCUCUAGGUGCCAUUGGAUACCCUCUGUAUGGUGCUGGAUUGUACACGAACAAUGUCAGCGCCAAUACCUGGUUCAUGCUCUUCGGAAGUGCGCUUUGCGGUAUCUCUGCUGGUUUCUUUUGGGCAGCAGAAGCUGCUAUUAUUAUCGGCUACCCGUCUCCGGGUGAUCGUGCCUUCUACCUGGCUGUUUGGCAAACCGCAAAGGCUGCUGGACCUAUUGUCGGAGGUGCAAUCAACUUGGGCCUCAACGCCAACAGGAAGACCAUAGGCUCCGUGUCAUCCACCACGUACAUCGUCUUCAUUGUCAUCAUGUGCCUUGGUCUUCCCGUCGCCCUGUGCCUCUCUCCGGCCCACAAGGUCUGGCGCAAAGAUGGCACCCGCAUCGUUACCGACCGCGCCUCUUCAUGGGGCAAGGAGUUCAAGGCAGUCGGGAAGCUCAUGAUCAGCCGCAGGAUCCUCCUUUUGCUCCCAGCCUUCUUCAUCAGCUAUUUUUACAAUGGCUUCAUGAGCACAUGGUUGACGACUUACUUUACCGUCCGCUCCCGCGCCUUCAGCAGCUUCUUCAACAACUUCGCCGGCAUCUUCAGCUCCUUUCUCAUUGCAUUCCUACUGGACAACCAAAAGAUCCACAUCAAGACACGCGCAAAGAUUGCCUUUUGCACCAUCAUCACCAUCCUCGUCGGCACCUGGAUCUGGGCCACCGUCCUCCAAAAGCAAUUCUACGACGCAAUCGAAGCCCCCGUCUUCGAUUGGUUCCGCGGCGGCUUCGGCAAAAGCUACGCCCUCGUCUUCUUCUGGCAAUUCGGCGGCCAAGCCUUCCAGCAAUUCCUCUACUGGCUCGUUGGUCAGUACGCCACCGAUCUGUCCAAUCUCAGCCAUCUCACAGGUAUCCUGAGAGGUACCGAGGCGCUCGGGCAGACUGUGGCCUGGGCCAUGCAGUCCGAGGGCGGGGCGAACCAUUUUGUUAGCAUCGGACUCAACUUUGGUGUCACGAUGCUGUGUAUCUUUCCGACAUGGAUUGUGCUUUCCGAGUUGGAGGGUAGCCAUGAAAUUCGCGUCGUGGAGAAAGAUGCGCAGGCGGAAGAGAAGCUGGCUGUUGAAUCGUGA